GUCCCACACGUUGGAACUCCACAUUUGAGAUGUUAUCUAUUGCAUUGAAAUUCAAGGAUGCAUUCCCUCUUUUCAAAGAAAGGGAACCCCAAUACAAAUAUCUGCCAAGUUUUGAAGAUUGGGAUAGGGUUCGUAAUGUUUGUCAAAUUCUCCAAGUGUUUAGUUUGGCUACAAAUAUCAUGUCUGGAAGUGAAUACCCUACUUCAAAUCUGUUUUUAUCUGAGAUUUAUAGGGUGAAAGAAGUUUUGAAAUCAAAAGCACUUGAUGAGAAUGACUACAUUAAGGAUAUGGUUCUAAAAAUGAAUGAAAAGUUUGAUAAAUAUUGGGGUGAGUGUAACUUGUUGAUGUCUAUAGCUGCUGUUUUAGAUCCCCGAUGCAAGAUGAAGUUGAUUGAAUUUUGUUUUCCAAUUAUUUAUCCAUGUUGGGAAGUUAGUGAAAAAAUUAAAGAAGUGCGUGAAGCAUUGUAUGCGCUUUAUGAAGAGUAUUAUGAGGUAAUUCGAGCUGAAGAAAGUAUGGUUGAACAAAGUGGGGAGGGUGGUAGUAGUUUCACUAGUGGUGGCGGUAGUUGUGUGACUGAAUUAAAUGAAGAUUCUGGAUGGUCUAAGUUUCAUCAAUUUGUGAGAACAACUGAAAGCAUUCCACCUUCAAAAUCUGAAUUGGAUGCUUAUUUGGAAGAGAGUAUUCAUCAAUGCAAACCAGAAGAAUCAAUGAACUUUGAUGCCGUAGCUUGGUGGGGUUUGAACAACCUCAAGUUUCGUACUUUAUCAAGGAUGGCGUGUGAUAUUCUUGCAAUACCAGCUAGCACAGUGGCUUCAGAGGCUACUUUUAGUGCUGGUGGUCGAAUCAUUGAUAGCUAUCGAUCUUCUUUAGCCAUUGAAACUGUGCAAGCUUUAGUUUGUGGUGCUGAUUGGGUUCGAAAUCUGCAUGGGGUAAAGGAGAAAGCAUCUAAAACCGAAGACAUGCCUCAAGAGGUUGUGUUGCCUAUUUGAUGGAUGAAUGAAAAGUUUCAUUUUGUAUUUGAUGGUCAAUUGGUGUUUUUCUGGACUUUUGGACUUUUUAUUUUUAUUUUUAUGAAUGUAUCAUGUAUGAAUAAUUAAUUUGGUAAACUCUGGUUUGUAAAACUAUUAAUGAUUAUGUUUAAACUUGAUUUUAUAUUUGAAUAAGUUUAUCAAAGGGCGGCCCGCGAGCUGAGCUCGGGCCCGCGAGCUUUUCAUAGGGCCGGGCUCGAGUUGAUGUUUUACAGGCCCUAACGGGCUAGGGCCGAGCUCGGGCUUCUCAUAAAAGUAACGGGCAGGGCCUGAGCAUGGCAAAGCCCGGCUCGGCCC